UGGUUGAUUUCACUUCAUCCCCGCCCUCUUAAAGACCGACUGUCUCGUUUUUAAUCGUUUAUGAACAUGGUGUGAAUGAAAAGAUCGAAGCUAUGCUUCAUUUGGGAUGGAGCACCACAAUUUCUGGGCGUGAGAGAGCCAUUGAUGAUCUUAUUAAUUUUUUUUCUUUUUUUAAGAACAGAAGCAAUGUCUUCUUUGCAUCUUUUAUCCAUGACAAAAAUGCCUGGAAAUGUCUUGUCGUAUCUCACGUUGACUGCUGUUUUCUACUUCAUCCUAGAAAAGCAGAGCUUUGCUCACUACGUUUUAAAUAAUGCCGAGUGCCUCAUGUAUCGCCAUCUUCUCCUUGCUCUCACCCUGAUCUGGUCACCUGUUACAAGUCAAACCACUAAUGUUGAAUAUUGGAAACAAGCCAUAGAAGCAGGGGCUGGUCUCUGAAACCCAACUACUGUACUAAUACUACAACACAAUAAUCUUGGGCUGACACGAUGCUCUCUAUGGACUUUCUAAGCCAUGUGCUGAAGAAUGAUCUGUUCUAACAAGCCUCUCAACAUGAUGUCAUGGACUGGAUCUCCAGCCUAAUUGGACUACUUGUUCCUUUGGGUGGUCACGUCGUGGUAAAGUGUUUCUGCCCUUGGGUAGUUUUUUGGGCUAAGUGUCAUCUUUCGGGGAUUUACCAGGAAGAGAUAUGCACAAGAUUGUAAAAGUAGGCUUAAAAUCUCAACCAAAUCUGUCAUUAUGCAAAAAACAAACAAAUAAACAAAAAAACACCCAUUACCUACCAUUAUACAGGUCAACACUACUGUCUUACUAACCAGCAAUUUGUGUGAAAACAACACAGUUUGGAUUAAAAGGCAACAAUUCUACACAGAAUUAAUUCCUGUCCCUCAAUAUCAUAUUUACCCUAAUAUACUGUGGAUGUAAGUCGGUGUACCCCUGUUCAAUUGCCAUUUUUUUGUAAUAUGAAAAAAGGAGACAAAGAAAAAAAAAAACUUUUCCACCAUGUUGUACCUGUAACCUGUGCAAUUCAAGUGAGGAGGGGGAAAAAAACAUUUUUUUAAAAAUCACAAAUACUAACAUUUGAACGGGGUUGUAGACAUAUAUCCGCUGUCCCUCAUUGUAAUUAUUGAACUGCAGGUUCCAAAAUGGUAUGUUCUCAAAUACAUUGGCUUUGAGAUACCAACCCGUGACUAACAAAUGUACCCUUAAGGUACAAUGAUUGCCUUUUUUGUGAGUGUUAAUUUUAAAUACACACACACACACACACACACACACACAUAUUAAUGUUUUUUUUUUUUUAAUGUCAGUCUGUUCUACGCAAUUACAUUUCAUGUAAGAUGAUAACCUCAGAAAAUGGUUACAACUUACUCGUCUUUUUUUUAAUAACAUGUAUAAUAUAUAUUUUAAAGUCUUAACAUAUUUGUCUUUAGGAACUUUAUUAUUCUUCAAAUAUCCAAUGUUUUCUCCGACUAGCUUGGAGACAUCAAAUUUGGUGGCAUCUAUUAGUGACUUGAUAAUUUUCCAAAAGCAUAUCUUGCUCUAGUGGCCUACCAUACAAAAUAUUGUGAAUAACUGGUUGACAUAAAAAUGUUGUGGAACGUUCUAAAGUCUACUAAUGCGACUUGCUUUAUCUGGGCCUGAUUUUUAAACGUGCUUAGAAAAUGAAAAAGAAAAGCGCUGUUUCUUUUCACAAAAGAUAAACGAUAAGAUUAGUCGGUGAUUUGGAAGGAUGUCAAUGGAAGAAUAUAAGCCACUUAGUGUGCAAGUCCACCCCCAGAGCUAUUGUUCCUCAUCGUGUGAGAGAGUGUCUUUCGAUUGUACUAUGGAUGUGUUCAAGAGCGGUUCUUGUGUAAAGUUUGUCAUGUUUGUAAAAUACGUUUUCCUGUCAUGUUAAAUCAUGCGCACUGGUGUGAUAUAAACUAUUUGCUCCAAAGUUUUUUUUCUCCCCCCUUCUCAAAUCAAUUAUGUCUGAUUGCAAGCAGCUGCUGUAUGAGCGAGCAACACUGCAUGCAAACACAACUGAACCUAAAAACAGGACGCCAUUUGGAUUGAGAAUGACUCCUGAGAAACACAUUGGGAGCUUUUCCUGAAUAAUUAUUUCGUGAAUGCACACAUACUUCACAGUCCUCCGCACUGUGGCACACUUCAUGAGAGCCCAAUUGAGCUCAGAACAAGUAAUAAAGCCAUGAGCAACCCGCCAAGCCCUUCUCCUGCUAACUGGUUCAAAUCUCUACGACGGACCAGGCUAGGCGAGCCAUGUUUGAAGACGUACCCGCUGCAGUACGAGGAGCAGCUUAAGAGAGCCCGGGUGUCCUUCCAGGCCAGGCGCAGCAUCAAGGAGAACUUCAGGCUGGCCCAGCUGGAGGCUGUACUGCGAAUGUUGGAGGAACAUGAGUGUGACUUUGUGGAUGCUCUUGGAAGGGAUCUACACAAGCCACGAUUUGAGACCGUUGUCUCAGAGUUGAUUCCGGUUAAAAACGAGGCUCUUCAUGCCAUCAGCAACCUCAAGAAGUGGAUGCAGCCACAGCAGGUGGAAAGAAAUCUGUCCACCACACUGGAUGAGUGUCUUGUGGUAAACGAGCCCCUGGGGGUUGUGUUUAUCAUGGGGACCUGGUGCAGUCCAGUCCAAAUGUGCCUGGUGCCACUGGUGGGAGCCAUUGCAGCAGGUAAUUGUGCCAUCAUCAGUCCUUCUGUAUGCACGGCCCACACAGCAGCACUUCUCCAACGUCUCAUCCCUUCCUACUUGGACAAUGAAUGCUUCCAUGUAAUUCUUGCAGGGACCAAUGACUUGGCUGACAUUGUGGAACUUAAAUUUGAUCAUGUCUUCUUUUCUGGAACCAGAGAGGAAGGUAGUCGGAUCGCUCAAGCUGCAGCUCAAUGUUUGACACCCAUUACCCUUGUUCUGGGUGGGAAGAACCCGUGUUACGUAGACCAGCACUGUGAUAUUACCAUCACGGCACAACGUAUCGCCUGGGCCCGCUUUCACAAUUCCGGGCAGAGCUUGGUGGCCCCUGACUACAUCCUGUGCCAUUCGGAUGUAAAAACCCGUCUGGUCCAAGCACUGAAGUGCUGCCUGAUGCGGUUCUAUGGUUCUGAUCCCAGAGAAUCCAGCAGCUUUUGCCGCAUGGUUAAUCUGGACAUCUUUAACCGUACGAAGGACUUGUUGUGGAGGUCUGGCAAGGUGGUCUUAGGUGGACAGGUGACAGAGGCAGAGAAGUAUAUUGCCCCAACAAUUUUGACUGAAGUUGAUGAGUCGGACCCCAUUAUGCAACAAGAUCUUUUUGGGCCAGUGCUUCCAGUUCUCUCUGUAAACAACGUGGAUGAGACGAUUGCCUUUAUCAACAAACAAGAGAAACCCCUCUGCGUGUAUGUGUAUUCCAACAACAGCAAGGUGAUUUCAAGAGUCAUGAGUGAAACAUCAAGUGGAAGCUUUUGUUCCAACGACAGCACCCUGCAGAGUCUGAUCGUGACGCUGCCUUUCGGUGGAGUUGGUGCCAGUGGAAUUGGUGCCUACCAUGGACGCUACAGCUUUGAUACAUUCUCUCAUAGGAAGUCAUGUCUGCUAAGAAGCACGCACUUGGAAUGUGUCACCUCCCUGCGCUACCCACCUUACGAUGACCGCAAUUUAUCGCUCAUAACGUGGGGCAGUAGCCUCUCCUGGAAAAGCCAGGGCUGGUGUCACAUCCUGUGAUUUGUGCGGAAGGGUCUAACUGGAACCUAACUUUCAAUUCAGAACUCAAUGUGUAAUUGUGCCAAUAUGACAAAAUGACGGCUGAAAUACAAUGAGAAAGGAGGGUAAAUUGAUUGAGACGAAGUUGCCAUAGCUGUCAAUGAUUGCCUUGACUGAUGACUGACAGAGAGGAUACAUUUCAAUACUUGAAUGAUGCAAGUGGAUGUUAGUUUUGCAAAGCUGUGCAUUCUCACUGAAAGCUUUCUAUAAAGAAGAUUCACCCGAACAGAUGUUUUGAUCUCAUGUAUAAUUAAUAUAAAAUAUGCACAUGACUGUACAGCCCAAA